GCCUGAUCAGAGGGCCGGGGGUGGCUCGUGAGACGGAGAGGGCCGGAGAGGCGCAGGAGCCCCUACUGCCCAGCCCUCCCCGAGCACGCCGGCGGCUGCAGCUCCUUGCAACUGCUCCGGCCCUCGCCCCUCCGGCCUCAGGGCACGGCCCUAGCCUCGCUGGAAGGGGAUCAAGGUCCGAGACGGGCCCGCUGCGGUGGGGGAUGGGCUCGGCGUCCUGGCUGCGGCCCCCUCCGGCGCGCCCGGGCUGCCGCGGGCGGAAGGGGCCUCGGAGCCCGACGGCCUCCGUGUGCUGGGGAAGGCUCGGCUUCGGCCCCCCCACCCCGCUGGCCCCCUUACCCACUGGCCGCCCAGGAUGAGGAUGCGGCAUUUUAAGAAGUUCACUACGUGUGCGUGGCGCACUUACGUCCGCACUCAUUGUAAUUUUGAAUCCUCAGCAGUACUGUGACCCAGGCGAUGCGGAGAGUCUCACUGCCAUUUAACAGCUGUAAGGACUGGGGCAUCAGACGCCUUCCGUGGUUUUGACAGGUCUCAUCCACAAGUGGUGGAGCUGGAAUUCGAUCUCAGCGUUUAACAUCUUUGCUGGUGUUUCAUUGCUGAGUUCCUCUGCUGCAUCUUGAUUUGUGUCCCUUCUGUACUUGAAAACCUUCCCAUCGCUCAUCACCUUCAGCUCAGAUUUGACCAAAGCCAUUGAGUGAUCCACCUUCCCAAGUUGCAUGACGGAUAAGGGAACCCGAGCUUCCUGGCUCGGUCAGCAGGUGCAAUGAAGUACAUUCUGGUCACCGGCGGUGUGAUAUCCGGCAUCGGGAAAGGGAUCAUCGCCAGCAGCGUGGGCACGAUCCUCAAGUCCUGUGGCUUACACGUGACCUCCAUUAAAAUUGACCCCUACAUCAACAUCGAUGCAGGAACAUUCUCUCCCUAUGAGCAUGGGGAGGUGUUUGUGCUGGAUGAUGGGGGGGAAGUGGACCUGGACCUGGGUAACUACGAACGUUUCCUUGACAUCCGACUCACCAAGGACAAUAACCUGACCACGGGGAAGAUAUAUCAGUAUGUCAUUAACAAGGAGCGCAAAGGAGAUUACUUGGGGAAAACCGUCCAAGUCGUCCCGCACAUCACCGACGCCAUCCAGGAGUGGGUCAUGAGACAGGCCCUGAUCCCCGUGGAUGAAGAUGGCCUGGAGCCUCAAGUGUGCGUCAUCGAGCUUGGCGGGACGGUGGGAGACAUAGAGAGCAUGCCCUUCAUCGAGGCCUUCCGCCAGUUCCAGUUCAAGGUCAAAAGAGAGAACUUCUGUAACAUUCACGUCAGCCUGGUUCCUCAGCCAAGUUCCACAGGGGAACAGAAGACGAAGCCCACCCAGAACAGUGUUCGGGAACUCAGAGGGCUCGGGCUGUCCCCGGAUCUGGUUGUGUGCAGGUGCUCAAACCCUCUGGACACGUCAGUGAAAGAGAAAAUCUCCAUGUUCUGCCACGUCGAGCCUGAACAGGUGAUCUGCGUCCACGAUGUCUCGUCCAUCUACCGAGUCCCCUUGUUGCUGGAGGAGCAGGGGGUCGUGGAGUACUUUCUCCGGAGACUUGACCUUCCUAUCGAGAGGCAGCCCCGAAAAAUGCUGAUGAAGUGGAAGGAGAUGGCCGACAGAUACGACCGCCUCCUGGAGACCUGCUCUAUUGCCCUUGUGGGCAAAUACACCAAGUUCUCAGACUCGUAUGCCUCUGUCAUUAAAGCUCUGGAGCAUUCUGCCCUGGCCAUCAACCACAAAUUGGAAAUCAAGUACAUAGAUUCCACGGACCUGGAGCCAAGCACCUUGCAGGAGGAGCCCGUGCGCUACCACGAGGCCUGGCAGAAGCUCUGCAGUGCCCAUGGCGUGCUGGUCCCAGGGGGAUUUGGCGUUCGAGGGACGGAAGGAAAAAUCCAAGCGAUCGCCUGGGCGCGGAAACAGAAGAAGCCUUUUUUGGGUGUGUGCCUGGGGAUGCAGUUGGCAGUGGUUGAGUUUUCAAGAAACGUCCUGGGUUGGCAAGAUGCCAACUCCACGGAGUUCGACCCUGACACCAGUCACCCCGUGGUCAUAGACAUGCCGGAGCACAACCCCGGCCAGAUGGGCGGGACCAUGAGGCUGGGCAAGAGGAGGACGCUCUUCCAGACCAAGAACUCCGUCAUGAGGAAGCUCUACGGGGACCCCGACUACCUGGAGGAGAGGCACCGCCACCGGUUCGAGGUGAACCCGGUCUUGAAAAAGUGUCUGGAAGAGCAAGGCUUGAAGUUUGUUGGCCAGGACGUCGGAGGAGAGAGGAUGGAGAUUGUGGAGCUGGAAGGUCAUCCCUUUUUCGUCGGGGUCCAGUACCACCCCGAGUUCCUGUCCAGACCCAUCAAGCCUUCGCCGCCGUACUUUGGCCUCCUCCUGGCCUCCGUGGGGCGGCUCCCGCAUUACCUCCAGAAAGGCUGCAGGCUCUCGCCCAGGGACACCUACAGUGACAGAAGCGGAAGCAGCUCCCCUGACUCCGAAAUCACGGAACUGAAGUUCCCAUCAAUAAAUCAUGACUGACUGUAAGGGGCGGUUCUUGAAGAAGCAUCUGGACGUCAGGAGUUUACAGCUUUGAUUUUACACUCAGCUUUCGACACUUUCUUUAAAUUAUGUUUUUAUUAAGAUUAUUUUAUUACGGGCAAAGGUAUCGGGAAGACUUGGUGACCUGCACGUCCCACCGUGGGUACCGGCUCCCGCGUGGGCGCUGCCCGGGGUUCCACACGGUCCUCUGUGGUCCUCCCGCCGCGGACGCGGUGCAGGUGAUGGCCGGGCACUGGGGGCGCCCACGGGUUACCACGCUUCUCGGGCACCUGGCGUCACCGUGGCUUUGAGCGUGUGGCUGCUCCUUUCGCUGACGCCGAGACCACUAGCAAUGUGUGCCCUGCAGCCUGAGUGGGCACAGAAGGGAGAGUCCAGCUGGUGCCCGCAACCCUGGUGCUGGAACCCGAGGGCACUGCUUGCCACCAAGGGCAGCAAACCCAGAAACAAAGCGUUGGCCCUGCCCUGCGCUGGGGGGUGGGGGUGGGGCCCUCCGUCGGGGACUUGUCCAGAGGGCUGGUGAGUUUGAUGUCACGAGGAAUGCACACAAGCCUGGCUGUCCUCUGGCUGCGCUGCUCUUCUUGGGCUGGGAAACACUCCUUGCAUCAAGGAGUCGCUUCACAAAGAACCAAGAGUCCUUUGGGGAACCUGCCUCUAAAGCCCCGCUCAGAUAUGCACAGCUUUGCUCGAGGGGUCUUUGUCCUUCCGGAUGGUGUUAACUGCGGUUGAAAUGCAACAGGAAAAGCUAUUUUCUUAACGUGCUGUGACGGACAGGCAAAGCUGGACGUGGUGUACCCUCUAACUUAAAAUAAAUAACGCCAAGCAGCA